CAGUCGACAAGGACCCGCGCACGCUGUGCAUUUGUAGGCGUGCGCCUGGCAACAGGUCUGCGCGCCUGCUGCUCUUUCCUCCGCACAGUCUUCCUCUUGACAUCCCUCUGUCUCUGAGCGCUUAGGCACCGAGAUGAGUUGGCUUAGGGUCGGGUAGAGGCAGCUGGAUUUUAGAUGACCUCAAGGGCUCCUGCAGGUGUUUAAGCUGAAAUUGCAAACCUAGAAACUCUGGACAAGGGUUUGGUGGGACAUAGGCUCCGGAAAGGGUCCCAUGUAGGCUGGAAGGCAAGGCGAGGACCUGACGGAGCCAGGCCAGACAUCCAGCUUGCAGCUCCGGGAAGGAGGGCCAGUGACAUUUUGGAAUGGACCCCGCGAGACGGGUGUGCCCGGGGUUCUCAGCCGGAGACUCGCUCUCCGCUACUGCCGCGCAUCUCCGAGGAUUGGACGCUACGGCCGUCCCAGGCGCGCCGCCAGCAGCCCGGUUUGAGGUCCUGACUCUUGCUUCGUGCAGCCAAAGCGGCCCCACAGGGACUCCAUCUCCACUUAAUUUUCACAUGGGAGAACACUUGAAGGAAUUUAUUAAAGUAUUGAAGUUGUUCACAGUGCCCCCAAAAAGUCCCUAUUUAAGGAUAAGUGGAAGAAUUUUUGUGGGAGACAAACAACUUGCCUGUUUUUCCCACUGGACCCACUUGGAGGAAAAAUAAAAAUCAGAAGGAGUCAGCACUCUCCACCUGAAAUGAGUGGAAUUAACAGAUGCUGUCCACAGAUGCUGGGAGUCCUUCCAUGAUUUUCGUCUACCUGGAGGCAUGAACGGAGCAGAAGGACAUGAGCCCCUGGCUGGCCUCGAGGUGCUGGCUCUCUUCUCUGGACUGCCACACAGGUUCCAGUUGGUAGCAUCCACGACUUUCUGGUAUCAAGUCCUGAACGUGGAGCAACUCAGCCCAGGCCACCUGGAAAGAAGAGCCGAGCCCAGACGCCUGGAGAGCGCUGGCCACGAGGAGAGCCAAGAGAGAGGCCGGCAGACAGCGCCUCUGGCUCCUGACCCUGCUCGGCCCACGAGUCCUGGCAAACAAGGUCCAAGCAGCAGCUGGAAUCGAGAAAGCUGAGCUUCUGGAAAACUCGAGCUUGUUGUUGUGAAGACUUGUGGUGUGUCCUUUCUGAAAAGAUGUCUGCAUUCUCCUUUCACCGUGGCUCUGCUGAAGUGGUUCGCUGCACCCUCAGAGGGACAGACCGGAUUCAUGGCCAUCACAGCCUACCUCAGAGCAGCCCUUCUGACCCAGCGAGGGCGACGUUCAGCCAGCCUCCAGCUGCCAUUUUCCUGGGGAGACUUCUGGCAUCCUGAGCCAAUGUGCAGCCUUCGAGGCCGUCAACAGCUGGGAACCAUUUCAAGACUGUAUCUUGCCAACCAGAGAGUCCGAAUCUGACUUCUCAAUGCCAGAAAGCUUUUAAUGGCCAACUGAGAGCUGUUCUCCCUUGAUGAAGAAUUCCCAAGUGAAAUUUGAGAACAUUUUGGGAUUCACUUCAACAGAAUGUUUCUGAUGCUUACGGACUCAGGCUCUGGGAAACCACUCACGAGCAAGAAAGCACAGGGACAACUUCUCACUCUGAAAUGAGCACUCUGCCGUGAUGGAAGCUGCUGUAAAGCAGAACUUCUGCUCCAAGGCUGUGUUGAUAAUCUGCUGGCUCACCCUGGCCUGCUUCCCUGGGGCCACAUCCACAGUGGCAGCUGAGUGCCCUGACCAGAGCCCUGAGCUGCAACCCUGGAAUCCAGGCCAUGACCAGGACCACCAUGUUCACAUUGGCCAGGGCAGGAAGCUGCUGCUCACCUCGUCUGCCACCUUCCACUCUAUUCACAUCUCAGAGGGAGGAAAGCUAGUCAUUAAAGACCAUGAAGAGCCAAUUAUAUUGCGUGUCCGGCACAUUCUGAUUGACAACGGAGGAGAGCUGCAUGCUGGGAGUGCCCUCUGCCCUUUCCAGGGCAACUUCAGCAUUGUUCUGUAUGGAAGGGCUGAUGAAAAUGUUCAACCGGACCCUGACUUUGGCCUGAAGUACAUUGGCGUUGGCAGCGGAGGUACCCUUGAGUUGCAUGGACAGAAAAAGCUCUCCUGGACAUUCCUGAACAAGACCCUUCACCCAGGUGGCAUGGAGGAAGGAGGCUAUUUUUUUGAAAGGAGCUGGGGUCAUCGUGGAGUCAUUGUUCAUGUCAUCGACCCCAAAUCAGGGACAGUUGUCCAUUCUGACCGAUUUGACACCUAUAGAUCCAAGAAAGAGAGUGAACGUCUGGUCCAGUAUUUGAAUGCGGUGCCCGACAGAAUCAUCCUUUCUGUUGCAGUGAAUGAUGAAGGAUCUCGAAACCUGGAUGACAUGGCCAGGAAGGCAAUGACCAAACUGGGCAGCAAGCACUUCCUGCACCUUGGAUUCAGACACCCUUGGAGCUUCCUAACCGUGAAAGGGGAUCCCUCUUCUUCAGUGGAAGAUCAUAUUGAAUAUCAUGGACAUGGCAGUUCCGCUGCUGCCCGGGUGUUCAAACUAUUCCAGACGGAGCACGGAGAGCAUUUCAAUGUUUCCUCAUCCAGCGAGUGGGUUCAAGAUGUGGAGUGGACGGAGUGGUUCAACCAUGAUGAAGUGACAGACACUAAAGGGGAGAAAAUUUCAGACCUCCGGACAGCUCACCCAGGAAAAAUCUGCAUUCGCCCCAUUGAUAUACAGGCUGUGACAGAGGAUGGAGUUAACCUUACCACCGAGGUUGUCUACAAAAAAGGCCAGGAUUAUAGGUUUGUGUGCUACCACCGGGGCCAAGCCUGCCAGAACUACCGUGUGAGGUUCCUCUGUGGAAAGCCUGUGAGGCCCAAACUCACGGUCAUCGUAGACACCAAUGUGAACAGCACAAUCCUGAAUCUGGAGGAUAAUGUACAGUCAUGGAAGCCAGGAGACACCCUGGUCAUUGCCAGUACUGAUUACUCCAUGUACCAGGCAGAAGAGUUCCAGGUACUUCACUGCAGAACCUGUGCCUGGAACCAGGUCAAAGUGGCAGCACUAGGGAAACCAAUGUACCUGCACAUCGGGGAGGAGAUAGAUGGUGUGGACAUGCGGGCCGAGGUUGGGCUCCUGAGCCGGAACAUCAUGGUGAUGGGGGAGAUGGAAGACGCAUGCUACCCGUACAGCAACCACAUCUGCAGCUUCUUUGACUUUGACACCUUUGGGGGUCACAUCAAGUUUGCACUGGGGUUUAAGGCAGCACACCUGGAGGGUGUGGAGCUGAAACACAUGGGACAGCAGCUGCUGGGUCAGUACCCAAUUCACUUCCACCUGGUGGGUGAUGUGGAUGAAAAAGGGGGCUACGAUCCGCCUACGUAUGUGAGGGACCUCUCCAUCCACCACACGUUUUCCCGCUGCGUCACUGUCCACGGUUCCAAUGGCCUGCUGAUCAAGGAUGUUGUGGGCUAUAACUCUUUGGGCCACUGCUUCUUCACGGAGGAUGGACCAGAGGAACGCAAUACCUUUGACCACUGUCUUGGCCUACUUGUCAAGGCUGGAACCCUCCUCCCCUCUGACCGCGACAGCAAGAUGUGCAAGAUGAUCACAGAAGACUCCUACCCGGGCUACAUCCCCAAGCCCAGGCAGGAGUGCAAUGCUGUGUCCACCUUUUGGAUGGCCAAUCCCAACAACAACCUCGUGAACUGCGCGGCGGCAGGGUCUGAGGAAACUGGAUUUUGGUUCAUUUUUCACCAUGUACCAACGGGCCCCUCAGUGGGAAUGUACUCCCCAGGUUAUUCAGAGCACAUUCCACUGGGAAAAUUCCAUAACAACCGAGCGCAUUCCAACUAUCGGGCUGGCAUGAUCAUCGACAACGGAGUCAAAACCACCGAGGCCUCUGCCAAGGACAAGCGGCCCUUCCUCUCCAUCAUCUCUGCCAGAUAUAGCCCCCACAAGGAUGCCGACCCCAUGAAGCCCAGGGAACCUGCCAUCAUCAAGAACUUUAUCGCCUACAAGAACCAGGACCAUGGGGCCUGGCUGCGUGGUGGGGAUGUGUGGCUGGACAGCUGCCGGUUUGCUGACAAUGGCAUCGGCCUGACUCUGGCCAGUGGUGGAACCUUCCCAUAUGACGAUGGCUCCAAGCAGGAGAUAAAGAACAGCUUGUUUGUUGGCGAGAGUGGCAAUGUGGGGACAGAGAUGAUGGACAACAGGAUCUGGGGCCCAGGCGGCUUGGACCACAGUGGAAGGACCCUCCCUAUAGGCCAGAAUUUUCCAAUCCGAGGAAUUCAGUUAUACGAUGGCCCGGUCAACAUCCAGAACUGCACUUUCCGAAAGUUUGCGGCCUUGGAGGGCCGGCAUACCAGCGCCCUGGCCUUCCGCCUGAACAACGCUUGGCAGAGCUGCCCCCAUAACAAUGUGACCAACAUUGCCUUUGAGGACGUCCCGAUUACUUCCAGAGUGUUCUUCGGAGAGCCUGGGCCUUGGUUCAACCAGCUGGACAUGGAUGGGGAUAAGACGUCCGUGUUCCACGAUGUCGACGGCUCCGUGUCGGAGUACCCUGGCUCCUACCUCACCAAGGAGGACAACUGGCUGGUCCGGCACCCAGACUGCAUCGAUGUUCCUGACUGGAGGGGCGUGAUCUGCAGUGGGCGCUAUGCACAGAUGUACAUCCAGGCCUAUAAGACCAAUAAUCUGCGGAUGAAGAUCAUCAAGAAUGACUUCCCCAGCCACCCCCUCUACCUGGAAGGGGCCCUCACCAGGAGCACCCACUACCAGCAGUACCAGCCGGUCGUCACUCUGCACAAGGGCUACACCAUCCACUGGGACCAGAAGGCCCCCACUGAGCUCGCCAUCUGGCUCAUCAACUUCAACAAGGGCGACUGGAUCCGAGUGGGGUUCUGUUACCCCCGAGGCACCACCUUCUCCAUCCUCUCGGAUGUCCACAAUCGCCUGCUCAAGCAAACAUCCAAGACGGGCACCUUCGUGAGGACCCUGCAGAUGGACAAGGUGGAGCAGAGUUAUCCCGGCAGGAGCCACUACUACUGGGACGAGGACUCUGGGCUGCUCUUCCUGAAGCUGAAAGCCCAGAACGAGAGAGAGAAGUUUGCCUUCUGCUCUGUGAAAGGCUGUGAGAGAAUAAAGAUUAAGGCUCUGAUCCCAGAGAACGCAGGCGUGAGCGACUGCACGGCCACAGCCUACCCCAAGUACACGGAGAGGGCCGUCGUGGACGUGCCGAUGCCCAAGAAGCUCGUUGGUUCUCAGCUGAAGACGAAAGACCACUUCUUGGAGGUGAAGAUGGAAAGCUCCAAAGAGCGCUUCUUCCACCUUCUGAACGACUUCACUUAUAUUGAAGUGGAUGGGAAGAAGUACCCCAGCUCAGAAGAUGGCAUCCAGGUAGUGGUGGUUGAUGGGAACCAGGGACACGUGGUGAGCCACACGAGCUUCCGGAACGCCAUCCUGCAGGGCAUACCGCAGCAGCUCUUCAAUUAUGUGGCGGCCGUCCCUGACAAUUCCAUAAUCCUCAUGGCAUCAAAGGGAAGAUACGUCUCCAGGGGGCCAUGGACCAGACUGCUGGAGAAGCUUGGAGCAGACAAGGGAAUCAGAUUGAAAGAGAAAAUGGCAUUCAUUGGCUUCAAGGGCAGCUUCCGGCCAACCUGGGUGACCCUGGACACCAAGGACCACAAGGCCAAGAUCUUCCAAGCUGUGCCCAUCCCCGUGGUGAAGAAGAAGAAGUUGUGAGGACAGUUGCUGCCCGGUGCCGCCCUGCGGUGGACUCUAUGACAGCGGCUCUUGGCAACAGACCAGGGUGGGAUGGCUGGGACCCCCAGCCCCUGUCUCGCAGCUGCCUGGGAAAGCCAUAUGUGAGCCCUGAUGGGCCGAGGGAAGGAUAUCAGCCAUCCCUGGUGCUGCCCACCUGCCCCCACUCUAGUGUCUACCUGCAGCUCUGGGAGCAGUGGUGGCCGAUGGAAAUCUCUUUCCCACAGCCUCUUGGGUGCUUCUCUCCUAUCUGUGCCUCUUGGGUAGGGGGUGUAGGGACCAUUCAAGGAGAACUGGGUAGUGCUGGCAGCAGGAGCCUUGAUCCAGCAAGGUGGUAGCCUGGGGGCGCUGGGUCCCUCUGCUCCACAGAUCUCCAUGCUCUCCAGCACACACAUUGUGGAGACAGACGUAGGAGAAAGAGCCCUGGCCUUAAGGAAAUCUUUCUUCCUGUAAACAAGAACCAGCAGUCAUGGAAUUAGGAGCUGGUGUGUAGAAAGAGCUCUCCGAGAUAGAACUGGCUACCUUUGGAUAAGGGGCAAUCCACUGGAGGUGUCUGACCUCUUGGGAGACUUCAGGUAACAGGUUGGGAACUGGACUGGGUGACUUUUAAAGGCCUUUCUGCUCUGAGACUCCGGAAGUUUGCGGCUUUUCAGAUUGUACCUUGAAUCCAGCAGUAGCUGACAUGAGCAUACAGGAGCAAGGGGUAAAAAGUAAUUCCUAGUCCCAGGGGCUUGCAGUCUGGUGAGGCAGGCAGGUAAUUGUAUGUACAUGCUGAUGCCAGGCAGAGGAAUCUAAGAGAGGUGAAAUGGAGAGCAGUGCAAAUUCAGAGGAAAGAAUGUGAAAUCGCACGCUUGGGUGGCUCAGGCGGCUGCCUCUGGGCUACCGUGUUAAGAGCCGGCUCCUUUCCCACGGCAGAAGUCACCGUGCAUGCUGGGAUGAAGGGCAAGGGGGCAUUUCGGCCAGCGGAGGUGAGGCUGCCGCUGUCAUGAUGCAGAGGUGGAGCCCUUUCACCUCUGUCACCACUCAAAGCCGCGUGACUGCAGGGGCACCUCCGCUGGCCACAGAGGAGCGCGCAUGCGUGAGACGUGGGCUGGGCUUAUGCCGCAGCGCGGGGAAUUCAGUCCCCAGCUCACCCCGAUUGCAGGAGAGGGGAUCGAGUCCAGGCGAGUGAGUUCAUCUGCUGGUGCCUCGUUUGCCCUUCUUCUGGGAGACAGUGCAGAAAAAGCACUCUAGGACACUGGAGAAUGUGUUCGUGCCUCGGUGGUCUUGGAAUUUCAGAGCUGGGAAAGACUUCACCAUAUAUCUAGUCCAAACCCUUCGUUUUACAGAUGGUGAGAAUGAGACCCUGGGAUGGGAAGGAAUUUCCAGGCCAGGGCAGGGCCGGCUCGGGAACCUCACUCCAGCACUUUCUGCCACACCACACUGCCUCAACAGCCGGCCCUAGCGUACCCUAGUCCUCUUGAAUGAAGAGAAACUAAAGAUCAUUAACCAGUGACUUUUUCUCUCGGUGCCCACAAACCCACACCUCCUCUUAGUUUUGGUGGUCCCUGCUGCCUUCACUUGGUUCCUUCCACCUGAAGUACCAUGUUCCAGUGCACAGCACCUGGGCUAAUUCCAUUGGUGCUACCUGUUAUUGCAGUUCUGCAGGUGCAGCCCAGCAGAUGGCAUCAGAGCACUUCUAAAUGCUUUCGGGGAGCCAACUUGGCUGGUCUCGGGGGUCUGAAGAAUUGUUAGGUCCACCCCAGGCCCUCUCAGCUACUGAUUAAAACCCUGCUCUCUCCCUUUCCCACCCUGAAGAGAGCUGAGAACUCCUGGAAGAGGUAAAACUCUAUCUGUGGUUUGUAUAUACUCUCUCAUGAGGUACCAGGGGCUCCCUGGGUCUCGUGAUGAUGUAAAUCUGUCCCUUCUCCUGCACCAGCCACAAAUUCUUCCCUUCAUAGAGGGCUCGCUUGGCUCACCCCCAACUGCACCCAGAAGACUUGGUGAGCAAGUCAACUCCCUGGUUUGAGCCAACUCCCGGAAAGGGGUUUCCAACCAAACAGGUCUUUUGGCUGCUAGGAGUGGACAAUGGGACUCCUUCUCUUAAGACACAGCAGUUCUCAGGCCAAAACCACAGGAGGGAACUCUUCCAGGAAAAUGAGUGGAAAAGGGGAGGGGAGUUUAAAUGACCUCAUGUUCUUUGUGUCUCCAGUUUUGUUAAAUUUUCAAACUCCUUUAGUGCAAGGAUCUCACACUGUGAACCACUUAGGAUGUGAUCGUUUUCAGGGGCCAGGAAUGUUAAAUGUCUUUGGUUCAGUUCAUUUCAAAAAUAUCUAUUUAAAAGUUCCCAGAGUUGUAUGUAUGUUUGACAGUGUCAGAUCUGUACAUAAAGCAUUCUUUCCUGAACCAUCACCAACAGCCAAGAUUUAGGCAUUUUCUUGGUAGCAGAAUUUUUCCUACUGCUUAGAAAAUUGUUCUUGCGGUCACUGUUUCUGUUUGUAAGUGUUAAAGAGAGUUAGGCCUUUGAGAAAAACAAUACUCCUCUGAAAUGCUUGUCUUUUUCCUCUUGCCGAAAUAGCUGGUCCUUUUUCGGGAGUUAGAUGUAAGCAUGUUUUGUAUGUAAACAUUUCUUAUAGGCAUCACCGUGGACAAAGAUAUAUUUUCUAUUUAUUUAUUAUAUGUGCACUUCUGGAAGUUGUCGGAGAAAUGAAGAAUUGUCUUAAAUGUCAUGUGUGCAAAUGUCCUUUGGAUCCCUCGAAAGGAGAGAUCAUCAUCUCUGGUAUGGAAAAUCUUGCUGU